UGUGUGUGUGUGUGUGUGUGUGUGUGUGUGUGUGUGUGCUAGUUAAGGACACACACAUACAUAGAGAUAGUGGCUGCCUUUAUGCUCUAACAGAAGAGAACAGAGUCCGGAUUUUAACCUCCUAAUCUCUAUAGUCAUUCAAACAAGAUCACGCACGUGUAUGAAGUGUGUUUAUUUUUUUUUUUAGCGUAUCAUAGAGGCACAGUGAGAAACCGAUGAACGCUCUGCGUCACUGCGGGACUGCAGACAAACGCGCCUCAUGUCGUUCUUGGACUGUUCCUGUAUCUCCGCCCACUCUCAGGUCCAGCCAAUCAGCUGUGAGGAUCAGUAUGAGGACAUCAGUGGGUCGUACCUGAGCAGCGAUGGCUCGUUCUUUGGAGCUGAUUAUGACCUCUCCAGCUUGUCUGCUGAACCUGCAGACUAUCAACUGCUCUCAGUACUCGGACGGGGUUUUAACAACCUUAGCCAGGUGUGCAUGGCCCGUCACAGACCAUCCGGUAGACUGGUGGCGGUGAAAAACACCAAUCUGGACGAGUGUACGGAGGAGGAACUGUUGCAGCUUAUGAAUGAGGCUCUGUUGUCCAGACUGUUUCGUCACCCGAACCUGCUUACGUCCAGAUUGGUGUUCAGUUCCUGCUGCCAGCUUUGGGUUCUCUCUCCGCUAAUGAGCUACGGUUCUGCAGACUCGUUACUCAGGUCAUUUUUCCCAGAUGGAAUGAGUGAAUCUCUGGUUGCGUAUUUGCUUUACGGAGUCCUGAACGCUCUGAAGUACCUGCACCGCAUGGGCUACAUACACAGAGGUGUGAAGGCGAGUCACGUGCUGCUCUCAGCAGGGGGCCACGUGUGCCUUUCAGGCCUGCAGUGUGUGUACAGCCUGAUGAGAGACGGGAAGAGGAUGGAGGUUGUGUUUGAUAUGCCGCAACACACACCCUCACUGCUCCCCUGGCUCAGCCCUGAGCUCCUGAGACAGGACCUUCAUGGUUACGGAGUGAAGUCAGAUAUCUACAGUGUGGGUGUGUUGGCACUGGAGUUGGUCAGUGGAAGAGUUCCGUUCCAGGACCUGCCCCCAACCCUGAUGUUGCUGCAGAAGCUGCGUGGCUCUCUGAGCUGCAUGCUUGAUGGCGCCCCCUACGCUCUGGGAGAUUUCAGCACGCUGAAGGUGUCUCGUUCUGGAGUGGACUCAGGGAUUGGAGAGAGCGUCGCUGCAGGAAGUCUAACUCGCACCGGCACAGCAGAGAGACCGCAGAGCCCCACCCCCAAAAACCACUCUGCCACUUUACACAACCUGCUACAGCUCUGUCUACAACAGCAACCUGAACACAGGCCAUCAGCAUCAGCUCUCCUCACUCAUCCCUUUUUUAAACAGGUAAAGAAACACACCCCGGACUCGUUCCUCAGCCUGGUGUACCCAGCCAUUCCUCUCUCCUGCCCCGUGGAUGCCCCCCCGUCUCCACCUCCACUCCACACUGACACACACACAAACCCUGAGUCUGUGGAUGGAGGAGUGUGGGAUUUCUCCUAAUACACACUCUAUACACACCCUGUACACACUCUGUACACACUCUAUACACCCUCUUUCAGCCUGACAGCAGUUCCUCUCUGAAUUACAUAGUAUCUAUUUGUCCUAUCUCUCAAACCGGAGAUCCGUCUACAGUUCACACACUCUUCUUCUACUGUGAUCCUCUGUAGCAGCUGAUUCUGUCCUUGUUAUACAGUGAAAAUCGUCACCUUCAUCAUCCAAUCUUUGCUCUGUUGUGAUCAGGAAUCAUGGCCAGUCACAGACAGUGAGUCACAGACAGUGGGUCACAAACAGUGGGUCACAGACAGUGGAUCACAAACAGUGGGUCACAGACAGUGAGUCACAGACAGUGGGUCACAGACAGUGGGUCACAAACAGUGGGUCACAGACAGUGGGUCACAGACAGUGGUCAAAGACAGUGAGUCACAGACAGUGGUCAAAGACAGUGGGUCACAGACAGUGGUCAAAGACAGUGGGUCACAGACAGUGGUCUACAGACAGUGAGUCACAGACAGUGGGUCACAGACAGUGGGUCACAGACAGUGGUCUACAGACAGUGAGUCACAGACAGUGGGUCACAAACAGUGUGUCACAGACAGUGAGUCACAGACAGUGGGUCACAAAUAGUGGGUCACAGACAGUGGGUCACAGACAGUGGUCUACAGACAGUGAGUCACAGACAGUGGGUCACAGACAGUGGGUCACAAACAGUGGGUCACAAACAGUGUGUCACAGACAGUGUGUCACAGACAGUGUGUCACAAACAGUGGGUCACAAACAGUGGGUCACAAACAGUGAGUCACAGACUGUGGGUCACAGACAGUGGGUCACAGACAGUGGGUCACAGACAGUGGUCACAGACAGUGAGUCACAGACAUUGUGUCACAGACAGUGGGUCACAGACAGUGGGUCACAGACAGUGGGUCACACACAGUGGGUCACAGACAGUGGGUCACAGACAGUGGGUCACAGACAGUGGGUCACAGACAGUGGGUCACAGACAGUGGGUCACAGACAUUGCGUCACAGACAGUGGGUCACAGACAGUGGGUCACAGACAUUGCGUCACAGACAGUGGGUCACAGACAGUGGGUCACAGACAGUGGGUCACAGACAGUGGGUCACAGAGGCUGAUGUGAUAAACAGCAGAAGUAGAAACUCUUGAGAAGCCCUGAGAAGUUAUUAUACGUAGGAAAUCACCAUGUCUAUAUUUGUCCAACAUUAUUUUUCUGUUCUAACUCCAGUUGUAGACCUUUUCAGUAUUUGUCACUUUUGAUAUUAAAAUUAUAUUUAAAUUUUCUUUAAAAAAAAGCUUGACACACUAAAGCUUUUAAAGUAGUAAAAUAAGUGUUUUGCUUACAUAAAGGAAAGGAGUGAGAAACUAGUGAUGAAAAUAAUAAAAUAACAAUAUGAUAUAUAUAUAUAUAUGGGGGGGGGGGAACUGAAGCUCAUCUCUUUCUGUUAUCCUGCCUUAUUUAUCUACUUUGAUUAAGACAUCAUGUUCUUACGAGGUCAAUUUUUUUUGGUUUUUAUUUUUAAAUAGUAUAUAUUUUGCCUUUAAAGUAGUACAAGAAUACAUAGAGGGAGAGAGAGAGAGAGAGAGAGAGAGAGAGAGAGAGAG